UCAACUGGAGUGAAGUUUUUGGGCAACCGUCACUACUAGCUUUCUCUUCACGCGUUAUUCGUCUUUACUAGCUUACUUUACUCGUCGCUACAGUGGCUGGCAACUGUAACGCUCUUUUGUGUUGUUGUUGUGUCUCUUAAUAGUCACGGACGCGACUAUGGAGGCCGUCCGGACGUUUUUUUGCGUUAUCACCGUAUUGUUUGUUGUAGUUUGCGAGAGGUUUUUGGCGCUGGCCGCCUUCUCCCAGUCUCUGGAUAGCGACUUCACAUUCACUCUGCCCGCUGGUCGCAAGGAAUGUUUCUAUCAAACUAUGAAGAAAGACGCCUCCUUGGAAGUAGAAUAUCAGCGGUGCUGCAAAUUUCGGUAUCGAUUCAAUAUCAAGUAGAUACAGGAACAGCAUCGCCAGUAUUGGACGGUGCAGGCCUCGACAUCGAUUUCCACAUCUCCUCUCCCUCUGGGCAGAUACUAUACAGCGACCACCAUAAGUCAGAUGGGAUGCACACCAUUGAGACCGAGGAGGGGGACUACAUGUUCUGCUUCGAUAACACGUUUAGCACCGUCUCGGAGAAGCUCAUCUUCUUCGAGCUCAUCCUGGACAACAUGGACGCCGAUGAGGAGCCUGAUGACUGGAAAGAGUAUGUGCACGGGACGGACAUGUUGGACAUGAAGCUGGAGGACAUCAUGGACACCAUCAACAGUGUGAAGGCCCGCCUGGGCAAGAGCAUACAGAUCCAGACGGUGCUGCGCGCCUUCGAGGCGCGCGACAGGAACCUCCAGGAGAGCAGCUACAACAGAGUCAAUUUCUGGUCAGUGGUCAACGUGGUCGUGAUGAUGCUGGUGUCGGGCGUCCAGGUCUACUUGGUGCGGUCGCUUUUUGAAGACCAGAGGAAGAUUCGUACAUAGCGUCACCCAGGGAGGCCUGGGAGACGGCGAGCGAGAAAUGGCGACAUUUCUGGAGAACUUACAUAUGCACACUAACACAACAGCUUUUUUUAGGUCUUCAAACCACUGGAUUUGUCAUUUCCACAAUGGGACAUCAUAUUUUUAUUACAAGACGUUUAACAGGUCUUAACCUAGAAUUAGUUACACUGGUGACACUUUUGUGUACCUAAAUGCUGUUGCGUGAUGCAGUUCUCUAUCUGGCUGAUCCGGUGUUGUGUUCAAAAAGUGAGUUGAUCUCUUUUGAAAUAAAGAUUAUACCUGUUCCUGAACAACCACAAAGAAAAACAUGGAAAGGUGCUGCUGUGACUGGAGGUAUUUAUUCAUUUACUUGUAAAUGUGUAAAAUAAAAGAAAAUGUUUUUAACACUUGGAUUGUUGGGCUGUCAUUCUACAAGUUUAGUCGCUGACAUCUGUAAGUCAAACCUCUUUUCAUACGCCCUGGUUUUCAUUUAAAAUGUUCGUGCAAUAUUGCACUUAACUAGUCCAUUUGCCCAGAACUGUAUCGUUAACAUGAAAUCAAGUGCCCAAGCAAAGCACCCUCCAUGUUGCUGACUUACUGUACAGUUUGCAUUUUUUUUUGGCAGGUUUCCAUAACCUGCCAUGGGGCCAAAGAAAACUGCAAGUACCAGCACUUUGAUAAGGUGACAAACACUAGUGAAUUUGAUCUCGCCAGGAUGUACGGGAAGUCUGCAUCAACAUUAAGUUCCUUCCAUUCCUCAUCUAUAAUUAUUGCACAUCGUUUUCUGCAUGUAAAACUGCAAAAUGAAACAUUUAAAAAAUAUAUUUUUUAGGUGUCUGGAUUUGCUUUAUUGAAUGAAAAACUACAGUGGGUAGACAGGCUUCUACCGCACCUCUGGAGUGAAAUCCACUAAUGAUUGCUCUGGAACAGGUGGAAUCUUUUCCAUAAUCCUUAUUUUUUCUCAAUUUCAUCACUAUAUCACCCCAAAUAUUAAAUGAAGAUUGUCAAUAUCGAUGCAUGGAAUAAACAAUCAAUGUAAUAAAGAAUAUUUAUUUGCCUGGUCAUUUACAGCUAAAGGCACUCAAGGGUACAAUAUGACUGUUAAUACAAUAUUAAUACAAUUUAACAGUUUUGAAUAAUACAUUUUUCAUGAACUUCCCCACCGUUGUUUCUCCUUUUCAUAGAAAGGAGAGUCCUGGAACUCCCUCCAGCUCAUCUCUUUUU